UUUUUUUAUUAAUUCGUUGGGGUGGAGGGUUCGAGCGAGCUUUGAGUCGAGCUCGGGGUCCGUUUUGGGUCGAUCGCAGUUUUACGUUGGUGGUUAAAGACGACGGUCGGGUUCGUCGCUUAGUCGCGUUUAGGUCUUCUGGGGAUUGAAAUCCCUCCAAGCUCCAAGAAAAGUCGUUCGGGUAAUUCCGAAAUCCGUACACUUUUUUUUCGGGCGUCUCAUAAGUGGCGCACAUGUGAUUUAAGUGUGAAAGUGAGUGCGCGUGGUUAGUGGCUCUUGACGAUCGUCAUCAUCGGUAUAAGCAGUUUGCGACUGGGGCGUGCUUUCUUAGGAGGUGAAGUAGGUAAUUUGUCAACCGUAAGCGCAUAGAGCGAAAUUAUUCAAGUGCCUCCAAUCCGUCGUCGUCGUCGUUGGAUUGUGUAAUAUGGUUUUUGAAAAAAAAAAGCAAGUGACGAAAGGAAAUGAAACGUCUUUCGAUUGGCUGAUGUCGAGAUAGAGGAGAAGUCGAUUGAAGAGGUGAAAAUCCGGGGCAGUUGUACAUGUAACUUGCGGCUUUUUGAGGGCAUCCGCGCGCGAAGACUGAGGAGAAGUUUGAGAAAAAAAAACAAAGAUUGCAACUCUUCAAAGCGUUGGUCGAGUUUUGUUCGAAUUUGAAUUAAGUGCCUCAACCAGUGACCGAGUAUCGAGUGAGGUCCGUUUCGGGGUCCGUUUGUGACUCAGAAAACUGUUACGUAAGGAGUAGCCGCUUCGGAUCGGCCCAGGAAGAAAGAAGCAGACUCUCUGAGCAACGAGACACAAGAGGAUACUCGCAAAGGCAGCAGCAGACAGACCCACUGCGGAGGAGACAAAAAAAAUGAGACCGAACUGGAUUAACGUUUCAAUAACUGCGUUGAUCGUGACGAUGCUGGUUAUUGCAGUUUGCCAGGCAGAGGACGGUGGUGGGGGAGGCGGAGGCGGCGGAGGAGGAGGUGGAAGAAAGCCAUCGGUGUUGACCGAGUCUGGAUUAGCUGCGGUGAAGGCGGGUGCAAAAGGUUCUCGUUUGCAGACUACGCCUUCAACGACGACGACAACGACGGCAACGAAGAAGAAGCGCAAGAAGCCGAGCACGGACGAUGAUGAUGACGACGAUGAUGACUUCCUGGACUUCCUGGGUGAUGACGACGAUGACAGCGAUGACGAUGAUGAAGAGGAAGAUGAAGAAGACGAUGAUGAUGAGGAAGAGGAAGAACAGGAAGAGGAAGCGGAGGAGGAAACCAGCACUGACGGCGGAAGUCGGCUGUGGUCGGCGGACGCGUUCAACAAGAUAUCCGAAACGCUAGGGGCAUUGAAUACCGUGGGUAGGUAUAUAGUGAAUAUCACCAAGGGACAGGAACCGGCUCCGGUGAACUCGGUCAACAAGGACCAGAAAGAGAAUGUCCCAAAUGCCAUACUGACGUUGACGAAGACGAUGUUGGGUGCGAAUGUCACAAAAACAAUUGAGCCGUUGAUCAAGCGAGUUGGAGGCCCAGAAGUCGAGUCUACGGUGAGCCCGGCGGUGACGAUAACGGCAACUGAGUCCACAACGACCACAGAGAUGACCACAUCUACUACGGAAGUUGUCGAAGUGGUAACCGAGGAGCAACCUUUGGUUGUACAGAAGAAAGAAGAAGUCGCGGCAGCGACUCCAUCCAGUUCUAUGCAGAAGAAAAAGAAAAAGAAGAAGAACAAGGUCAAGAGGAAAGAUCCAACCCACGUUGAAACCACCAAGAAGCCUCCCACCAUUAAUAAAAUCGUCGAAUCCACCAAAGACUCGGAGAACUCGUGUACAACUCCAGACGGACGUCCGGGGCGAUGCGAAGAUUUGAGUACUUGUCCGGGGUUGCUGCUGGACUUGACGCAUCUCCGAGAAUCCCUUUGUUUCAAGCGUCUAUUUGUACCGGGAGUAUGUUGCCCCGCUCCGGCCAGCACCCUACUCACCACUCAACGACCAACUCAGCGACCGAUUCCUCAAACUACUUCACAAAGCUUAGUUCUGAGCCCAGUUGUCACCAAAUCGACUACGAAGCGUCCUCCGGCUACCACAACGGAACAGAUACUUGCCGCCACCUUGAAGCCCAUCGCCGAUAACUUCGUGGAUCCGGAGGACUGUGGUCAACAAGAGUACUCUUCCGGGCGAAUCGUUGGUGGUAUUGAGGCACCCGUUGGUCAAUGGCCGUGGAUGGCGGCCAUCUUCUUGCAUGGUCCGAAGAGGACGGAAUUCUGGUGUGGGGGAUCGUUGAUUGGGACGAAGUACAUCCUGACAGCGGCUCAUUGCACAAGGGACUCUCGUCAACGUCCGUUCGCAGCCCGGCAGUUCACCGUUCGAUUGGGAGAUAUUGAUCUUUCCACGGACGCUGAACCCUCGGCUCCGGUAACUUUCAAGGUGACGGAGGUGAGAGCUCAUCCGAAGUUCUCCCGGGUAGGAUUCUACAAUGACAUAGCCAUUCUGGUGCUGGACCGGCCGGUGCGCAAGUCCAAGUACGUGAUUCCGGUGUGCACGCCGAAGUCGAAUCUUCCGUCGAAGGACCGGAUGGCGGGUCGUCGGGCCACGGUUGUUGGUUGGGGUACAACCUACUACGGAGGGAAGGAAUCCACUAAGCAGCAACAGGCCACGCUUCCGGUUUGGCGUAACGAAGACUGCAACCAUGCGUACUUCCAGCCCAUUACGGAUAAUUUCCUUUGCGCCGGGUUUUCUGAGGGAGGCGUCGACGCCUGUCAGGGAGAUUCCGGAGGGCCAUUGAUGAUGUUGGUCGAGGCACGGUGGACGCAGGUCGGAGUGGUUUCAUUCGGGAACAAGUGUGGAGAGCCGGGGUAUCCCGGUGUGUAUACCAGGGUGAGCGAGUACAUGGAGUGGAUACGGGAAAAUACCAAGAAGUGAAGGGGCAAGGGUCCCGCA